CACCCCCAAAACAAAAUCCAAGUGCAGUGCAAAAGCUAAAUAGAAAUAGAAAUACAAAUAUAUAUGAGCUAAUUUUUUGUUCUUUUUCUCUGUGUGUGUGCGCGCGUGUGUGUGUGUGUGUCAAGUGCAACAUGCAGCAUGGCAAGCGUGCAACAACUACAACCAGCCACCAAAAGUCUCUAAAGUGCAACACACAAUAAAAUAGGCCCAGCCACAACAGACAACUAACAACUGAAAAUACCACAAAACAAAUACCAAAAACAAAGCUAAACCGAAUCGCACAAUUCUCAAAUAGGCAUUUUGGCAACUGGCAAACUGGCAAAAAUGGCGCUGUCCAAGCGGCCCUUAAGCAAGGAGACGCCCUUGGUCGAGAGCAGCAGCAACAGCAACAACAGCAACAACAGCAGCAACAGCAACAACAGCAACAUCAGCAGCAACAGCAAUGAGCAUGAGACGUCGAUAAAGCGACGCAAACGCUGCAGUCGCGAUGAUGAAUUGGCUGUCAGCAACAACAACAACAACAACAACAACACAACCAGCAACAACAACACAUUGCCACAGAAGAAGCGACAGUUGGCCAAAACAGCAAGCGGCGAGAACAGCAAUCCAACGGCAGCAACAGCAGCUGCCGCAACAGCAACACCCAAAACAGCAGCAACUGUUGCCGCCGUACAAGAUGCUGCCGAUCAGGAUGACGAGGCACUGAUACGGGAGACUCAGGCGGCGCUCAAGAGUCUCUCGGGCAGCUGGCCAGAUGCGCGCACCAAUCUGUAUCGCCUGCAGGAGCAGGAGGACGAGAAUCCGCCGCCAUUUCAGAAUCUGUUCGAAGAGAAGCAAAAGUAUGCGAACAGCAACAGCAACAGCAACAGCAGCAGCAACAGCAACAACAGCAACAGCAAUUCGCACACAUUGCUGCUGCGCUUUCACAGGCAAAAGGAGAACGAUCAGGCGCGCCUCAAUGCCAGCAACAACAACAUCAGCAACAUCAACAACAUUAACAACAACAGCAAUGGCACUGGCAGUGGCAAUGGCAAUGGCAGCAACAGCAGCAGCAACAGCAGCAACAAAAAGGACGACAACAACUCUGGCUACACACAAGCAACAUCCGCCUUCAAGCCGCCCAUCGACAUCAUCAAGCGCAACGGCCAAUUGGCCGCUGCUGCUGCUGCCCACGCCCACGCCCAGGCCCAGGCGCACGCCCACGCCCAGGCGCAGGCCUACGCCCAUGCACAGUAUACGAGCAGCGCCUACAAUGCCGCCGAGGCCUACUAUGGCUAUGCAGCAGCAGCAGCUGCCAGCCAGCAGCAACAGCAACAGCAGCAGCAACAGCAGCAGCAGCAGCACGGCCUCUGCCUCGAUCAGAGUCGCAGCUACGAGAUGGCGCCGCAGCUGGGCUCGCCCAACGAGCCGCGGCUGGCCAAGGCGGGGGGUAAGGAGCCGCUGAUGGAUGCCAAACAGUAUACGAUAUUGCAGCCGGCGGGCGUCGGCAGUCGAGCGGCCUCGGUGAUGCAGGAUAUUGCACGUGAGGGAGUUAUUGCCACGCCCCUAGCAGCAGUUACGCCCACAGCAGCAACAGCAGCAGCAGCAGCCGCCGCAUCUACGCCAGCGCCCAGCUACUCGCCGGGCAGCCAAAACCGCGCUGGCGAACUGGAGAAGCAUGAGAAGGAGCUGCAUGCGCUGGACAAGCUCAAGAUCAGCUCUAGCCAUUAUUUGAACAACAACAACAGCAGCUGCAUCAACAACAACAAUACGAAUAGCAACAACAACAACAACAACAACAACGGCAGCAACAACAAAACGAUGCCCAUUAUCAAAACGGAAUACAGUCCGGUGGCCAGCAUUAAGUCGGAAUAUAACAAAAGUCCCAUGCACUCGUAUUUGGCCAAUGAUGCCGCUGCAGCGGCCAGCAGCGCAAUACCCGCUGGCAGUGCGCGCAGCAGCAACAGUAACAGCAACAACAGCAAUAAUAACAACAACAACAACAACAGCAACAACAACAACAAUAGCAACAGCGAAGCGCAUCUGAGUCGCUAUGUUAGCAUGCAAAGUCCACACGCCCAACAUCACCAGCAGCAGCAGCAGCAGCAGCAACAACAACAGCAGCAGCAACACACGCUGCAUCAGCAACGCGGACCCUUCAUCGAGGGCAAUGCCACACAGAUGAUGCCCGCGGGCAAUGCCAGCGCCGGCGACGCCAACGAUCCAGCCAGCUAUCACUCAGAGCACCAGCAGCAGCAGCAGCAGCAACAGCAACAGCAGCAGCAGCAGGCGGACGAGCGUCAGCAGCAAUAUGAGCAGAUGCGCUAUGCGCAGAGCCAUGGCCAUGAUCCGAGCGCGGAGCAGCAACAGUUGCUCGCCAGCAAUCCCAGCAGCAGCGAGCUGUCGCCGGUGACGGCGCGCAGUGCCUAUGAGCAUACGCACCCACAUCCGCACUCGCAUCCGCAUCCGCACUCACAUCCGCACACACAUCCGCCGGGCACAGUGGCGCCCGUGUUCGUCGGCCUCGGCGUCGGCGAUUCGGUCAGCGGCGGCGGCGGCGGCGGCAGCGCAGCGGGCUUCGAGCGCUACGAUCCGAAUUGCUGCCCCAGCGGGGGACAGCGACUGCAGCCGGGCGCCACAGCGGCCACAGCGCCGGCCAACAUGUACCACUAUCUGCCACAGGCGGCCGACGACCUGCAGGCGCAGCAGCAGAAGUACUUGCAGGAGCAGCAGCUGCUGAUGGCCAAGGCCGAGCACGAGGAGCUGGCCAAUGGGGGCGGGCCGAUCUAUCCGCGGCCCAUGUACCACUACGAUCCGACGAUGGGGCCGCUGCCGCCGGGCUUCUCGGCCAUUAACUUGUCGGUGAAGAUGGCUGCGGCGCAGGCGGCGGCAGCAGCUGCUGCCUAUCAGAAUCAACAGCAGCAGCAGCAGCAGCAACAACAGCAGCAGCAACAGCAACAGCAACAGCAGCAGCAGCAACAGCAACAACAGCAGCAGCAGCAACAUCUCCAGCAGCAACAGCAGCAGCACAGCAAACAGAGCAGUUCGCCGACGCCAAAUGUGGGCGUGGCAGCGCCAGCUGUUGACCUAUCGGGCGCCACAUCGGUCACAUCGUCCAGCCCGCACGGUUUCAACUCGCCAGCCUCGCACAACCAAUACAACCAGCGCAUGGGCAACGGCAGCCCACAGCCGGGCGCCAGCCCCAACAUUGCCAGCCCCCAAGUGCCGAGUCCGCAGGGCCAGACGCUCGAUCUGAGCGUGACGCGUUUGCCGCACAGCAUCAUCACGAGCCCGCAGUACGGCGCCGACGGCCUUGUUGUGGGCCACGGUCAGGGCUUUGGCAGCGCUGCGCCCGGCUCAAUCGGACCGAACGGACCGCCGCGUUCACCACAAAUGGAGCCCGUGGACUUUAGCGGACCGCCGCGUCCACUUGGCUUUGGCCUGGUGGGUCACAUCAGCGGGCCGCGUCCAUAUAGCCGCGAAUCGACGCCCGACAGCGGCGGCUCACACUAUAUCGAAACGUAUAGAGAUCCGAGCGGCUAUUCACCACAUCCUGGCUAUGGCAUGGUAGUGCAAUCCGACUACCCACCAGCUGGCUAUCACGGCUAUGGCCCCGCCGCCUAUCAAUGCAGCAAUCCGUAUGCGACGGCCGUGGGACCCGGCGGCUACCCGACGCCCGUUUCCGGCGGCUACUCACCCAGUCCGGCCACCUGCUACUCGAUGCCACCGCCGCAGCACAUACCGCAGCACGACAAGACCAAAGAUGGCUUAACGGGCUGCUCGCGCUCGGAUCGCAAUCAUUUGCAAUCGCAUUCACAGGAGCUAAAGUGCCCGACGCCUGGCUGCGAUGGCUCUGGCCACGUCACUGGCAACUAUUCAUCGCACCGCAGUCUGUCCGGCUGUCCGCGCGCCAACAAGCCGAAGAGCAAGCCGCGCGAUGGCCAAGACUCGGAGCCGUUGCGCUGCCCCAUACCCGGCUGCGAUGGCUCCGGCCAUUCCACCGGCAAAUUCCUCUCACAUCGAAGCGCAUCGGGCUGUCCCAUUGCCAAUCGCAACAAGAUGCGCGUUCUGGAGGCCGGCGGCACAGUGGAGCAGCACAAAGCCGCAGUUGCAGCUGCUACGGCCAUGAAAUUUGACGCAUGCACUACAGUUGGCAGCCAAGGCAUCAAGAAGCCCAAGUUCGAUGAGGUUACCAUGGUAUAUCCCAAAGGCUACACAGAUUACGCGACGUUUUGUAUCGGUGCCGAGUAUCUACUGUAAAUAGUAAAACAAAAACAAAACCAAACUCAAGAGUAUUUAAGAAC